GUUUAGAAACUUUGGUUUGAAUUUUGGGUGAUGCUAGGCGUUAGCUACUGUUAGCUAGCUUCCUAGUUAGCUACCUACCAGGCUAAUGCGGCUAUAGCACACCCCUUGUGGAAACAAUGUGGCUAGAUAAACUAACACAUCUAUUGUCUAGAAUAAAAUGUAUAUGUUUUGGGUAUAGCUUGAGAACGUGGUCCCACGUGCAUGAUGUGGAUUUCAGUCCAGUGCAAUUUGGGAAAACCAACCUUGUUGGGUCGCUUCUUCAUCUCCUGGACUUUCGUCUUGAAUUCAGGCUCCUCUUUCAGGUUCAAAGCAAACAAAGCUUUAGCCAGCUUAAUAGCCGCUGGUGCCUUAGUUUCUCUCAUGGCACUUAUUUGACUAUUUUUACAUAAAUAAAACGAAUCGCGAGACAGAAAACACGUUUUCUUCUUCCAGACGUCCUUAACACACGUGACUAGACUCAACAAAUAAAUCUGAGACAGCGUCAUAUAUCGUUUUGGAGGUAUCAAGACAGCAAGCCUUAUCUUGACCACAAAAAUAAUAUUAUUCACAAGAACUAAUGAUGAAAGUUUGGAAAAUAGUGAGUACCGAAAAAGAUUUUCAAUAUCACUUUGAAUAAAAUGUAUAUCAUAUGAGAAGUGUAAUGUUUAUGGAAAUCCAUGGCAUCAGAUUCAACUGUUGCCAAGGGAGGGUAUAGCAUUAGGAGGAGUGUGUGUGUCAGAGGGAGAGAGAGGAGGGGUCGUUGGAGUGGGUCUCUACUAAAUUAAUGUGGUCACACAGUAAAUUCAGAACAGUGAGGGCAGUGGCUUUAAAAACUGAUAUGGCAACAAAAAUCAUCUACUUUACUGUGAAUGGAAGACCAGAGCAGGCAGAGUUUCCAGUGGAUUGCCCUGCCCAGGAUGUCAAAGAUCUGUUCCGCUCUGCAGCUGAGGCAGGACCCCAUGACAUUCUGAAGCUGUACAACCCUAAGGGCAACAUCAUCAACAUCUCCCCGCGCCUGGAGCCCAACAGUCCUAACUCCUGUUAUAAGCUAGAGGUGGUGGCUGCUGACUGCAACAGUGAGCCUUUAGGUGUGGAACUUGCUGUGGCACUAGGAUUUGACCUCUCCUCCAUGGAGAAAAGACUGCAGGGCUUGGAGAAGAAGAUCCUGAUCGAGGCUGGUGAGACUCCUGCAGUCGUGUAUGAGAUGAAGAGACAGGUUGAGUCAUUCCGGGAGAAACUUGAGAGUGUUGAACAUCUCAGCUGGCUGGGCCUAUUCAAAGAGCUAUCUGAGGGAACACAGAAGCCCUCUCCUUUCUACCACAAGAGAACGCUGCGCAAGACCAGAGAGGAAUGUGAACAUGUACGGGAAAAGUUCCUGCAGAUGAGUUCCCUGGAGGUUUCAGAGGAAGUGAGACAGUACCUCAAGACCCCAACUUUUGACAACUGGCAGUGGGAGGAUGCAGAGAUCAUGGUUCUACUGCAGGUCAUGUACACAGACCUGGACUUCAUUGCCACCUUUAACAUUGAGCCUGAGGUGCUGCACCAGUUCCUGUAUGAGGUGUACAAACGCUACAACAACAUCCCCUUCCACAACUUCAAACACUGCUUCUGUGUCACCCAGAUGAUGUAUGGGCUGAUCUGGCUGACGGACCUGAAAAGUAAGAUUGACAGCAUUGACCUGCUCACCAUGCUGACCUCCGCAGCCUGUCACGACCUUGAUCACACGGGAUACAACAAUGCUUACCAGAUAAAUGCUCGUACAGAACUGGCCCUGCGCUACAAUGACAUUUCCCCCCUUGAGAAUCACCACUGUGCUGUGGCUUUUGAGAUCCUGGAGAAGAAUGAAAACAACAUUUUCAGAAAUCUGACAACUGAACAGUAUAAACGGAUAAGAGAGGGCAUAAUCAAAUGUAUCCUGGCCACUGAUAUGACGAGACAUAACGAGAUCCUGAACAAGUUCAAGUCCAUCCUGCCUGUCUUUGACUUCAGCAACAAGGACCACAGAGACGUGCUGAUGAUGAUCAUGAUCAAAGUGAGUGACAUCUCCAACGAAGCACGGCCUAUGGAUGUGGCUGAGCCCUGGUUAGACUGCCUCCUGCAGGAGUUCUACAACCAGAGUGACAUGGAGAAGCUGGAGGGUCUUCCUGUCACCCCGUUCAUGGACAGGGACAAGGUGACCAAGCCGUCCUCUCAGACAGGCUUCAUUGGCUUCGUCCUCUUACCCCUCUUCAUUGAGCUGGCUAACCUUUUCCCCUGCCUGGAGCAGCACAUCAUAGACCCGGUGCGUAAGGCCCUGGACUACUACACAGAGAUGGAGAAAGCCCUAGAGAGAGAGAAACUGAUCCGAGCACAGAGCGACAAGGCAGCUGCAGCCAAGAACAAGGAUACUACACCUCAGAACUUACAGAACCCUCAGAAAACAGCAGAUAGUCUGUCAGAGGCUGGGAAUGCCUUGAAACCACCCACUCUGUGAUGGCCUGCUGAUAGGGUAGUCUACAGAAUAACCAGGAGUAACCAACCACACAAUGGAUAGGACAUUGCUGUAACAUUACUGACUGUGUCACAAAUAGGGCUUUGUGUUGUGUGAAUUGAAGCACUUAUAUGGUUCCUUUGGUCUUUGUAGAGACAAGGUAUUCACUAUGUCGUGUUACAGGAGUUGUCUGCUGUGUUUUGCUACAUAAAUGUUUUUCACUGCAUAUAUUCAGUUUUUCAAAAUAUUUGCAUAGGAAUAGUGGUUAAUUACACAAUAUGACAUACAAGACAUACGAAGAAUCAGUGUGCAGUUUUGUUUUUUUAUUAGUGAUAUGCUUAAACGAAAGACCAGAAGUGCUAUUGUCUAAUUGAAAAAUAGGGAUAAAGCUUAGUGGAUUUGUCUUCACUGAAAAUCUUGACUAUGGUUGCCAUCUAGUGGAUAUGGAUGUUUUUCAUAUUGAUAAUGUAUUAAAAGGUCAGAAAUAACAGAUAUGAUAUGAAAUAUGUUUUUGCAUGUAUUGUACUUUUAGAUUUUUAAGUGUUCUACUUAGAGAUAAAUAAAUGAACACAACAAACAAACA